UCUAUCCACCGAGUGCACUGCUGACUGCUCUGCUCAACUAAGAAAUACCUCGCUAGCUAAGAAACAGCAACCACGCCUCUGUCAGGCAGCUCGACGCGAUGGCGUCGGCCACCGGCAACUCCAGCCUGAGAAGCUGUUCCUCGCUGCCGAACCUGCUCGUCUGGCUCCUCAACCUCUCCCUCCUCGUCCUCGCCGCCGCCGCGCUCGGCCUGGUUUUCCUCCUCCGGCCCCGCCCGACGCCCUUCGGCUGGGCGCUCGUCUCCGUGCACACCACCACCCUGCUCUCCGCGCUCACGGCCCUGUACGCCCAGCUCACCCAUCUCUGCUUCCCCGCGCACGCGGCGCUCGCGCUCGCCGCGCUCUCGAGCCACGCGGUCGCGUCCCUUGCUUUCUUCCUCCGCCACGACCACAGCCUCCAGCUCCUCGGGUCCGCCAGGGACCGCCGGGAGCAGUUCGUGCUGGCUUUCCUGGAGGAGGUGCUGCUGCUGGGCAUGUUCCUGGUGCAGGCCGUGGCGCUGGCGGCCACGUGCGUGGUGAGCCAGCGGUGGGCGAGGGAGUACGAGGCUGCUGAGACGGAGAAGGCGGCCGUGGCGAGGAAGCGGGGGAGGAAGAUAGGGUACAGGCGGAGUCGGCGGACGCCGGGGUGAAGGCCGUCGACGAGAAGGUGAUGAGGAGCAGCAGCGACAAGAAGGUGCACUGGGCCAAGAACGAUGGAUUCGAGGAAUGCUGAA